CUCAAACCAUUUUGGUACUCUCUCUCUCUCUCUCGGCGAUAAAGGGUUUUGCAAUCUAGACAUGUCUUGGGCAGAGAAGAAGCGAUCGCCGCCGCCGUCUCCGAUUACGUCACUUCCGGAGGACGUCGUGGUUGACAUCUUGGCGCGUGUGCCGAUAUGUAACUAUCCGAGAGUGUCCCUCGUUUCGAAGCGCUUCCGUUCGCUCGUUUCGUCGCCUGAGAUAUACGCGAGACGAUCUUCGCUGGGCUGCACUGAGCAUUGUCUCUAUGUUGUCCUUCGCAACAGGGACGACUGUGUGAACCGUUUGUUUACGCUCCGCCGCCGGAAAGACAAUGGCAAUAGCAACCGCCGCUUGGUACUUAUCCCUGGGCGUCCGGAUAUGCCUCCCGAAGGAAGCUUUGUAGCGGUGGGCUCGAGGUUAUAUGUGUUUGAUGGGAUGACAUCGAGUGCCUUCUUCAUCGACUGUACAUCUCACACUGUGCAACAUCUCCCGAAGAUGCCUGCCCCCAUGUCUGAUACAGCCGCUGACGUCAUCGGCGGGAGAAUCUAUGUAAUUGGGUUUAUCAGUUCAAAGUCAGAGGCGAUGGUGGUGUUCGAUACAGAAACACAAACGUGGGUGACAAAGCCAGAGAGAUGUGAAAUGUAUUUGUCUGGUGGUCUGGCUGUGAUGGCUUGUAAGAUGUACGCGAGGGGUUUUGAGGAUAGCUUUGUUUACGACCCAAAGGAAAGCAAAUGGGAAACGGACGAGGUGCUGGACUCCAAGGACUGGGAGAACGCGUGUGUUGUUGAUGAUGUUUUGUACUUCUACGAUUAUAUUGACGACGAAUUGAGAGCGUAUGAUCCAGAGCACAAGUGUUGGGGAGUGGUGAAAGGUUUGGAUGAUUUCUUGGCUGAGAUGAGACGUGUUGGUUGUCAUUUGGCGAGGACUGUGAGUUACGCUGGCAAACUGGUUUUGUUUUUUCAUAGACAAGAAAUCAUUUGUUGUGCGGAGAUUUCGCUGGAAAGACGCAAAGGGCGUCAGAUUUGGGGUAAAGACGUUGAUCAGUGGUGUGAUCAUGCCUUGAUCGCUGGUUAUUUUAUCAUUACGAAAUCUCUAGAUGUUGUGCUCUAAUUCAACAACGCUCUCUCCGCCUUUGUUUGAGAGUUGAGAGUCUCUCACUUGUAUGCUCCUUACCAGAGUAUGUAACUGAAUGGAAACAUGUUCCAAGUUUACAAAAAUGUGUCUUCAAUUUUGAAUGGAAUAAGUAAGCCUU